UGGGGUGCUGGAGGAGAGUCGUGGGGGCCAAGGAGCACCUUGGCCGUCUGGAGUCUGGCGGGAAUGGAGAAGGGCGGAGGGGCUAGCUCGGGCUCGGCGGAGGCGGUGGGGCUGGGAGCCGGGGGGACAUCGGCUGGCUCCGGGCAUGGUGGCGGAAGGGUGCCAUCGGGGAGGGCUGACGGGCUCGAGCUAGGGCUGGAGAGGGGAGGGAGCCAGGCAUUCAUCCCGGUCACUUUUGGUUACAGGACGUGGCGGCUGGUUGGACAAGGGGGAGCUGCUGGGCAGGGUUCGACCCCCAAGCCUGGGCGGUGGAGGUGUAGCUGGCAGCGGUGGGCAGGUGAGGAACGCCGUCUGCUGGGCAGGUGAGUUCCCUUCCCUCUCUGGCCUCGCUGCCCUGGCCUUCUGGAACAUGGAGGUGGAGGGCACGGGCCGCAGAGGAGAAGUGUCCCAGCCUCCCGGCACGGCGGCGGCAGAAGGAGACAGGACAGGCAGCCAAGGGGACAUCUUCUCGGGGGGAGCCGAGACGGGGAAGGCCGGGGGGGGGGCCAGGGGCCGCCCCGGAUUGAGCGAGCAUCUUCAGAGGGCGUGGGGAGGGGGAGGAGCAGACGCAGGGCUGCCAGCAGGGAGCGCGGAGGAGAUCCCGCGAGCGCAGGAGCGUCCCAGUCUUGGUGGGUUGGACGGGGUGGGGGGGACAGGAGGAAGACAGGCCCCCAGCCGCCACCUCAUCAUCCACCGCAAUUCACAUAGAAGCGGGAUCCUGGGUGUCUCUGGCAGGGCCUCGGCGUGGCCCGGGCCAGAGCGUCGAGGACAGGAGAGCGGGAAAGAAGGGCAGUACACAGCCGACGGCGUCACCAGGGGGAGGGCCGGUGGCCGUGGGUGGCGGGCUCCAGAGGGACUCUCGCAGCAAGGAGGCUGCAGUGGGCCCGGCCUGCGGACACAGCACUCCCGCACGCGGUACUGCGGCCCAGGGGCUGGCGCGGAGAGGGCCCACAGUGGACUUGUUCACGCUGUAUGCCCUAACCGCUCAGCCCCUGGGUCUGGCAUGGCAAGACAGGACAGCACCAGGGGAGUCAAGGGCAUGGGGCAAAGCCAGACCAGGCAGGGCAGGCGGGGCAGAGUAAGUGCAAUCUCCGGGGAGGGAGGUAGGGGCGCAGGCAGGGCGAGGCCAGGCUACAGGUGGCGAGCGGCCAGGUACCGGCCUCCGGAGCCCACGGCCAAGGCGGGCCUUAUGGGCAGCGACAGAGGGGCGACCGGUGCCUCUCACGCUCGGACUGGAGGCGAGGCCAGGUCUCCAGCAGGGGUGGACGGGCCAGUCAGUCUUAAAGGCCAGGACGUCAGUGCAAUGAAUCUACUUGAGAGAUAUGACAUGGUCCGGUGUGACGGUGAGGGCAGAUGAGAGACUGCCGUUCAGCUUUCCGGAACAACCUGGCUGGCACGCAGGCGGGAAGCUCCCACAACCAACGUCUGUUCCUUAGCUUUUCCGAGAGAGCUCACACACACACUGUUGCUCUCUGGGCACACCCUUCCCCCUCGAACCCCUCCAGAUGAACAGAAAUGGUGCUACCCAGCUCACGUCUGGGCCUUCGAAUCCGGGGACUUCUUCAAGUCCGUCUAGCUCUGAAUCAAGAAAAAUGCUGCAACUCAGGAAACACAACAAGACGCAACUUGCCUCAGGAAUCAACUCUUCGAGGUGAAGCCAAAGGAACAGACCACGUGAACACCGUGGAUGAGCAGACCCGAGACCCCACCCCCCCACAGUUCCAUCUCCAUGGCCACCCCCUGCCACGCCCAGGAGACCACCAGCCACCGCAUCCCAGGGCCAGGCCUCUGCCUGGGAUGCCAGCAUCGCUUCCCUCCUCUCUUCUUCUCGUUCAUCCUUUCCUUUGUGUGUUUGUUUCUUGCCUUUCCUUUCUUCUUCACUUGAGAGACUCCAGGCAUCCAUGGCUCUUGUUCCCCACCCAUCCCUUCUCAGUUAAUUUGCACUAAGUCUUUUGCACUGGUUUGGAGUUCUGGAGACGCCCUCGAGUCUCUCUGUGCGAGUGUCGAGUGUCAUGAGUGUGCGGGCCUCUUCGGUCCCGCCGCCCCAGCGCCCGCCUCUCCGGCCGUCCAUCGUCCAUCCAUCUCUGCGGGCGGGCCAGCGGGGCGGCCGCGUGCCUGAGGCCUCCGCCCUUACCUCGCCGAGUCUGGAGCCACUCCAAACAUUCCAUGACACCCACUUUGCCCUGUGCCCCUCCCCACCAGGGCCUCCCCAGAGGCCCUGGACUCAUCAAUAAAUUCACAGUUACAGUC